AUGGCCCCGUAUGAAAUACUUUAUGGUCGAAAGUGUAGGUCUCCCAUUUAUUGGGACGAAGUAGGUGAACGAAAGAUCUUGGACCCGACUACAGUGCCAUGGAUUGAGGAAGCUAAUGAGAAAGUAAAGUUAAUACGUCAGAGAAUACAAACCGCACAAAGUCGUCAAAAGAGUUUCGCAGAUAACCGAAGGAAUGAUUUGGAAUUUGCGGUUGGAGAUCUAGUGUUUCUCAAGAUCACACCUUUGAAAGCGAGUUUGAUGUCUGGAAAGUGGAAGAAACUACAACAAAGGUUCGUAGGGCUUUAUAAGAUUAUCCAGCGUGUGGGGAGUGUAGCCUAUAAGUUGGAAUUGCCACCGAGUUUAUCUCGGAUCCAUAAUAUUUUCCAUGUAUCCAUACUUAAGAAGUACCAUCCUGACCCUUCUCACAUAUUGCAACCGAAAAAUAUUGAGAUUAAUGAGACUUUGACCUAUGAGGAGAAACCGGUGAAACUUCUAGAUAGAAAGGUGAAAGAAUUGAAAAAUAAGCAGACACCUUUAGUAAAAGUUCUCUGCAGGAACCACGAGUUAGAGGAAGCGACCUGGGAAGUUGAAGAGGCAAUCCGAGGAAAGUAUCCAGACUUGUUCGCAGAUCAAAGAUUGAAUGCUAAUUGUGUUGAUUAA